UCCCAUAAUCCCCAUCUUUGAACAAGCUUUUCCCAUAACGUCACUAGCCCAUCUCUAGUUCCUUCCUUGUAAGUGUCGCCCCACCUCCAACCACAACUCCCAAACUCUAUUCAUUUCAUUUCUAUCAAACACUCUCUUCCCCCAAAUAUGAGUUCCUGGCCUUCUUACUCAUCCCAUUUCGCCUUCUUUGUUCUCAUCAGCAUUCCUUUGUCCUCAGGCUUCGAUUCGUACACAACUUGUAGCAAAACGUUUAACUGUGGAGGCAUCACAAAAGUGGGAUUUCCCUUUUGGGGAGAUGGAAGGCCGGACAAUUGUGGCUAUCCGGAACUGAAGCUCGCAUGCUCGAAUGAUGUUACCACCAUUGAGAUUAUGAGGGUCAAAUACAGAUUGUUGAAGAUUAACCAAGAUGAGCAGACACUCAAAGUUGUGCGAGAUGACUACUAUGACAAAAUUUGUUCACCGAAGUUUGGGGACACCAAACUCGAUUCCAAUCUUUUCGACUAUGUUUCCGGUUCUUCGGACUUCACGUUACUCUAUGAUUGUGCUUCUAGCUCACUAGCUGAAGGUUUCAAGUGCCCCGACAACGAAACAUACGCGAAUGUGGCUGCAGUACCUGAAGUUUUCCCGGGCACUCCGAUUUGUAAGUCAAAAGUUGUUCGGAUUAGUGAUCCUACAGGUUUCGGAAUAAUCAGUAUACUGAACGUGAAGGUACUUGAAGCUGCAGUGAAAGAAGGGUUUGAGGUGAAGUAUAAGGUGGAUAGUGGAAAAUGUGACGAGUGUGUUGGUUCAAAGGGUGUUUGUGGUUAUGAUUGGAAUUUGAAUGAGACUGUUUGUCACUGCCCAAAUCAAACUUCCGAGCCCCGGACUUGUUCCGCCGCCAGAACAGCGGCCAUAAACAAUCCAGCAGCAGUGCCACUGCCACCUGCUAAAGAUAAAGGAAAGGCAAUAAUAUUAGUUGCGAUCCUUCCAGUUUGUUUUAUCGGUGUAUUGGGUGCCAUAGUGUUCGGUUGGUGCCAGAUGAAAGCUAAGCAAAAAGGACACAGCAAAUUAACAAGGGACACCCUUCAAGAAUAUAUAGGAGGAAAACAUGACCUAUCUGGGUUACAGAUCUAUGAUUUUGAUAGCAUAUUAGUUGCUACGGACAAUUUCAGCAUAGCAAACAAACUCGGGCAAGGAGGCUUUGGUCCAGUUUAUAGGGGUAAGCUAGCAGAAGGGAAGGAAAUAGCGGUAAAAAGACUCUCCAGUAACUCAGGGCAAGGUGUAGUAGAGUUCAGGAAUGAAAUGUUAUUGAUCUCCAAUCUCCAACACAAAAAUCUGGUCAGAAUCAUGGGUUGCUGUGUUAAAGAGGAUGAGAAGUUACUGAUUUAUGAGUUCAUGCCAAACAAAAGCUUGGAUACUUUUCUUUUCGAUUUGACGAGAAGAGCAGUGCUUGAUUGGGGUACACGUUUUAAUAUUAUUCAAGGUGUUGCCAAUGGGCUUGUUUAUCUCCAUCAUGAUUCGUAUUUGAAGGUAAUACAUAGAGAUCUAAAAGUGAGCAACAUUCUCUUGGAUGAGAAAAUGAACCCAAAAAUUUCAGAUUUUGGAUUGGCACGUUCAGUUGAAGGGACACAGAAUUUAGAAAAUACUCAGAGAGUUGCGGGAACGCGUGGAUAUAUGUCUCCGGAGUAUGCCAUGGGUGGAAUAUUUUCUCAAAAAUCUGAUGUCUACAGCUUUGGGGUCUUGGUAUUGGAGAUUAUUAGCAGCAAGAAGAAUACCGCCUUCUAUAUCUAUGAUCGACAGCUAGGCUUACUAGCGUAUGCAUGGCAGUUAUGGAAGGAAGGCAGGGAAUUGGAGUUGGUGGAUGAAAUGCUGACGGCUGAUUCAUAUUCGGCUUCAGAAGUAAUGAAAUGUGUGCAUAUUGGGCUGCUUUGUGUACAGGACAAUGCGAUGGAUAGGCCGAGCGUGCCGGAUGUAGUUUUUAUGCUAAAUGGUUCCACAACUAUAAUUGGUGGUGCACAACCUAAGCAGCCUCUAUUCACUAUCCAAAACACAGUCUCUCAUCCUCAACCACAGCCUUCGAAUACUUUCCUCACAAAUGAAGCUACAAUGACACUGAUUGAAGGACGCUAAAUGUAUGCUCCUGACAGUGGUGGAGGUUGGCCAAUCCUGCUUGCUUAUGCGUCAUAUCUGUAAUGCCCUUUAUGUUUUUGAGGCACCCUUCUGGACCUAUAUAUAUUUCCAUUGUGCAUGGAUUUUUUGAAUGCAAUUUCUACUCAGAUAAUAAAAAAAAAUGAAACUAUAGUUAUACUUUUUGUUUUGGAAGGAAUAAGAGAGGAUUAGCUAUGAAGGAAAUUCAUCCCUUGUAAUCCUACAUUAUAGAGAAAUUGAAACUCAUAGUUUUCUUUAUGAUUAA